AUGGCAGAGCGAGUGCCCACGGCCGUGUUCUGGGAGGAGAGACUGUGGAAAAUCCUCACGUACCUCUGUAGUCGCAGUCAACUGGGGCUCCCAACCGCGUACAAGGUCCCAAAGCUCUUUAGACGGUCGCAGGGCUUGGGGGUGGCGCCAAUCCAGUUUGUCGACGACGAUGUUGUCGAGGAUGAGCAGUUUGGGUUGUGGUCAAGGGCUGAUCUCGGUCGGGAGAUGAGGGUGCCGCUCGCGCGCCAAAAGGAGGUCGAACGGGGGGCUGAUGAUGCUCUGGUCACCUAG